AUGGCGCCCAAGAAGCCCACUACGACGGCAGAAGUCGCUCUUGUUCCCCUCAAGAACUGCCUCGUCAAUCUACCACCAUCACUCGUCGCCUUGCUGGUCAAUGCCAAUACGCCUGCGCAAAAUGUCAUCAUUGAACUGCAGUACAAGUCUCCCUCUGGCAAGGCCAAUGGGGCGCCGCCACAGCGAUCAUGCUUCUUGGGCUGGACGGGCAUGCCGAGCAAGCGGAAGCUUGCGCCGGUCGUUGGCCGGGAAGGCAUGAGCGGCGGCUUCUCUAGAGAACAGGAGAUUUCUACCGUCGAGUUGGAUACUACAUUCGGACGACUUCUUGGUCUGACUGAAGGGCAAAAGGUCGGAAUACUUGUACACCUUGAUCCACCCGUCGCGCAUACAAUCAACAUCGAGCCAUUAACACCGGAAGACUGGGAGAUUAUUGAGCUCCAUGCCACAUUCUUGGAACUCAACCUCCUCUCCCAGAUCCGCGCGCUGCCUAACCCAUCAUAUAAUGCAGCGCAAUCCGAGCAUAUUCACCCGCUCGCAUUGCACCUUUCACCUACUUCGACCGCUAACAUUGUCGUCACUUCCCUUACACCCGCCCCGGACGCCACUUCUCCGUUCGCGAAGAUAGCACCAGAUGCCGAAGUGAUCGUUGCUCCCAAAGUCCGAUCAAAACCUGGAAAGUCACCUCGAGGAGACAGCCGCAGCAAUGCCGGUAGUAGCAGAAAGAGCACUGGUGGCCGCAGUUCCGGUAGCACGGUUCGCCCCAAGAGUAGCCGGUCUGACUCCAGAGGCGCCUUGUAUUUGCGCGGGGUGGAACGGUUAGCGGCCGAUCAAUACUUUGACCCAGAAAUGGAGGACGACGAGAAUGAGGGAUUCCGAGUCUGGGUUGACCCCGAAUUGUUGGCUUCCAAUGAGCUACGGGCCGCCAGCUGGGCGUGCGUGUCCAUUGUUCAGCCCGCUGGACUCAAGCCUCCCGUGGAUCCUCAACAGCAACUUGCUCAACAAGAACAACAAAAGUCCAAUGAAGGGGGCUCUCCCACAACCAAGCUAGUAGCUAAGCUGUUGCCGUGGGAAGAGGCACCCGACAGCAAGCAUGUGGCAAUUUCGACUUUGCUGUGCAGUUCGCUUGGUGCUGAGAACAUGGUGGGUGGAAUCGUUCGUGUUGAGGCCGCUCCCCCGCAGCUUCAUAGAUCGGCGGUCAAGACACUCAAGCUGUAUCCGUUUAUGACAGAUUCAUCCAAGAAGAAGGAUGGUCUGAAAUUUGGUGCCGACACGGCCGCUUCUCGGGAUGCCCUAGCCGAGCGUCUCAAGGUCAUUUAUGGCAGCACCGGUUCUGAUAUUGGCCUGUUCUCGGGACCUUUGACUGAUGGAAUGAUUCUUCCUAAAGUCGAAAAUCAUCCUUCAGUCUCGUCAUUUGACGGUGCUAUUCUCCGCUUUGACCCUCCCCUGAAGGCUGGUCCCGAAGAGACCAAGACGAUGUUCGGGUGGCUUCUAGGCUCAGAGGCUAAACUGAACCUUGAGGUGCAAGCCGAGGUACCUAAGCCGUCCGAUGCAGGCUCAUCUGCAUUGCCUUCCGAUGACUCAGUUCCUGAUACAGUCCCCCAACUGGUGGGUAUUGACUCCAUCAUCUCCCAGUCGCUCACAAACUUGACAAAGUCUUCGUCUAUUUUGUUGACUGGCGGGCUUGGAGCUGGAAAGACCGCUCUAACCCACCUGUUGGCUCAUCGUUUGCGCAAGGAUCACCUCUUCAACGUCAAAUACUUUUCUUGCCGCAAGCUUGUCACGGACGAGACCCGAAUCUCCAACAUCAAAGAGGUUCUGAACCGCCUCUUCAUGUCUGCCUCCUGGUGUGCUCGUCUUGGUGGCCAAGCUGUUGUUAUUCUUGACGAUCUUGACAAGCUCUGCCCUGUGGAGACGGAGAUGCAGGUUGGAAAUGACAACGGCCGCAGCCGUCAGAAUAGUGAAGUCAUUUGCUCCAUGGUUCGGGAAUACUGUUCCAUGAACUCUUCUGUCGUCUUGCUUGCCACGGCCCAGGCCAAGGAGUCCCUGAACAAUGUCAUUAUUGGCGGUCAUGUUGUCCGUGAAAUUAUCAAUAUGCGAGCCCCAGAUAAGGAGGGGCGCCGAAAGGUCUUGGAGAAGCUGACUAGCCAAGACAAGCCUCACGAGUCGUUGAAUGGCCACGUACGGUCAACCAGCUCUUCUACCCAAAACACUCAAGACUCGUGGCUGGAUCCAUCAAACCCUGGAAGUCGGCCCAGCUCCUCUGGUGGCGACGGGUUCGUCCUCAGCAGAGAUAUCGAUUUCCUUGAGCUUGCUGGAAAGACCGACGGAUAUGCGCCUGGUGACCUGGUGCUGUUGGUUGCUCGUGCGCGCAAUGAAGCACUGAUUCGCUCUGUUUCUGACCUAGCUUCCGAGUCCAAGAUGAUCACUCUUGGGACCGAAGACUUUGAUAGUGCACUAAAGGGGUUCACACCAGCUUCUCUUCGCAACGUUACCCUGACCUCGUCCUCGACCACCUUCUCUGCGAUUGGUGGUCUGUUUGAGACUCGCAAGAUGCUGUUGGAGACACUGCAAUACCCAACCAAGUAUGCACCGAUCUUUGCACAGUGCCCAUUGCGACUUCGCUCUGGUCUGCUCUUGUACGGCUACCCUGGUUGUGGUAAGACACUUCUUGCGAGUGCCGUUGCAGGCGAGUGCGGCCUGAACUUUAUCAGUGUGAAGGGUCCUGAGAUUCUGAACAAGUAUAUCGGUGCCAGUGAGAAGAGCGUUCGUGAUCUUUUCGAGCGCGCUCAAGCUGCUCGUCCUUGCAUUCUAUUCUUCGAUGAGUUUGACAGUAUUGCACCAAAGCGUGGCCAUGACUCGACAGGUGUUACCGAUCGCGUUGUCAACCAGCUUCUGACACAGAUGGAUGGUGCCGAAGGUCUCUCCGGUGUAUAUGUGCUGGCCGCAACAUCGCGACCUGAUCUUAUUGACCCGGCACUUUUGCGUCCUGGUCGUUUAGACAAGUCUUUGCUCUGUGACAUGCCUGCACAUGCUGACCGUCUCGACAUUAUUCGAGCUGUGAGUGAGAAGCUCAAGAUGAAUGACGAGGUUCGUUCUCGUUUGGAUGAGAUCGCUGCUCGGACCGAGGGCCUCUCCGGUGCUGAUCUCCAGGCCGUCGUAUAUAACGCUCAUCUGGAAGCUGUGCACGACGCUCUUGGUGACGCCUCCAGCGGCGAAAAGGCUGGUGCAAAGUCCAGCGCAGCGAAGAGCUCAUCGGUCAGCACCUCGACCCGUUCCUUCAUCCAGUUCCUCUACUCGUCGUCCGAGGAAGCUUCUGGAUCAGUUUCUUUGCCUCCUCCAGCUGUUGUUGCCGCUAAGCUGGAUGCCAUCAAGAAUGCCCGUCGUCGCCAGCGCCAGCUUGAGAACGGCUCGGCCGCUGCCGGCUCUACCCCUGCACCUGCAGCCGCGCCUGUGACAAACGGCACUGAUGCCGAUGCUGAUGGUCUGCGGGAUGAUAUUAUCGUCCGGUGGGAGCACAUCGAGCGCUCCCUGGGCUCCACCCGUCCCUCUCUGAGUCCAGCCGAGCGUAGACGUUUCCAGGGUAUUUACCGGGAAUUCGUUGUCGGUCGUAAUGGAGAGAUGCCUAACGGUGAAGCUGCUAAUGAGAUUGGUGGCCGAUCAAGCCUGAUGUGA